ACAUUACAUUUUAUAACUUAAUAGCUUCAUGUUCAGAAACCUAAAUUAAGUGUAUUUUCUAAACAGUAACUUUGAGGUUCUUGAUGGUUUUUGUUUUGAAUGAAACUCCAAAUAGUAGCUUCAUAGGUGCAGACUCCUGUUUUACUAAGUGUAUACUUCCAAGUUUAUUUACUAACUAUAUUCUAAACUAGGUACUUAAACAAUUUCUCUUUAUAUUUAUAAACAUGUAAGCUCAUUUUAUGAGGGCCCAGAUUUUUAUUUGCCUUUUCUUUUUUCUUUUGAGGCCUAGACACAACUGGAAAGUGUGCACGCGCCCGCUCGUAACUUCUCUUCCGGUCGGACGAUGGCUCGUUUCCAUGGAUACAAGAACACAAGCCUAAAUUAGUUUCAGCGGAAAAGCAAAACAAAGUUUUGCGUUAUUUUCUACGCCGAUACGCGAAUGUUAACCGAGAUGUGAUGUCUGGAAACGACCUGAGGCUGCGGUGGAUCCGGGACCGAGUUUCUGCCGGGUUUCAUUUGUCGAAGCAGCCCGAGUGUUGGGAUGAACUCCUGCACCGGGAAGAUGGAAAAGAGAGGGAAAAGAUCCGUCGUUUUCUGGACCAUGUCUCAGACACAGACUCACAGUCCUUCCUGUUGUUUUUUAAGACCGUAAGAGAAAAAGAAAUUGAAGUAAAAAUCCCCUUUGGUAAAGGUACAGACUCUGCAGAUUCUAACCAGACAUCUUCAGAACAAAGUGAAGCAGACCAGGACCUAGACGAGGAGAACACACAUCCUCCACAUAAGACUGUGGUGGAGGUGGUCUAUCACACUGAGCUUCAUGUAUCAGUCAAUGAAUACCCAGAGAGAUUUCUACAAGCUUCAGUCUUCUAUUUCUCAAGAAAUCUGAGGGAGGCAGUUGUUCAUCCUCGGGAUAUGAAAGAAGCCGACAACAUCAUGUGCAAGCUUUUUGACUUUGACUUUUGCUGUGGAAAAUCCCUCCAGCUGCUGCAGAGCAGGAUUCUCCUUAUGUACAAACCCUUAUUCACUACACAACAGCAAACUACAACAACUGUAGCAAGUGACAACAAAAGCAAGGACAGUUCUUCUCACAAGACCAUUUACGAUGAUGUGUUCGACCACUUGUCAAAGUUUCUGCCAAAGAUCAACACAACUCUUCAACAAAUUUCAAUUGCAGAUGAGAUCCAACUCCACAUUCCUGACCUGGACCUGGAACCAGAGGAUGUGCUGAUUUCAAGUCCGGACUUGGUGGAGAAUUUGGAGCAGUGUGUGAUGAACUGGCAAACCCAGAUAACCAUUGUUCUUCAAGAGCAGCAAAGCACACAGCCAGAGGGACCAGGUCCUCUGCCUGAGUUAACCCUUUGGGAGAGGCGUGCCACUGUCCUUGGAGCUCUGACCGAGCAGUUGAAGCAGCCAGCGGUAGAAAAAAUUUUGAAGGUGUUAGGCGUGGCAAACGCUGGCAUUGCUCAGACAUUUGAAGGAACCAUCAUUGAACUAACAAACUACCAUCUGGAAUCAAACAGUAAUUCACGCUACCUCAAAACAGUGGAGAGGCAUUUCUUGAAUCUGCAAAAAGGAGGAAAUUUUAGCCUUCAGCUGGAGACCAUUCCAACUCUGAUGGAACGCUUGCAGACCAUGUGGUUGUCCUCCCGCCACUAUAACACCAAUGAACGCAUGGUUCCUCUCAUGGAGCGCAUCGCCUGGCAGCUGUGUGAGAAUGUGGCUCAGGAAAUUCAUGUUCAGACACUGUUCAGGGAAACGCAGAAAGAGGUCAAAUCCCAGGUGUUUGUAGCAAAACAAGUGUUGGAAAAGUGGAAGCUGUCCUACUUUGAGAAUCGUGCGGAGAUUGAAAAACUUGGCAGAAGUUCACGCUGGGAGUUUGACAGAGAGAAACUUUUUAAGAUGUCUGAUUACAUGGCUUCUGUCUGUCAAGACAUACACGAUGUUUUCCAGGUUUUGGAAGAACUCUACAACAUCUUUAGCCCUGAGCUAAAAGGCAUGAAAGGCAUUGAUGAAGUAAUACGCAGAGUGGAUGGUUUGGUUCUGCCUUUCCAGGAGGUCACUUUUAACCCUUUCAGGAUUUCAAACAAGAGCAACUGGAAAACCAUUAUGAAAGACUUUAAUAUUACAGUUAAGGACAUUGAAGAAGAGUCGGUCAGCAUCAUUGAUAAGUUCUUCACAAACACACACUCCUCAGCUCACGCCUUUGAUAUCCUGAUGAGAUUCAAGCAAAAUCGCUCCAGAGACGCCAUCAGCCUGCAUUUGCUGGGAAAGUUCGACAAUGUCCUGACCCAGUACUGUAAAGAGGUUGACAACAUAAGGAAAAUGUUUGAAGCAAAGAAAGACGAUCCACCGUUAAAUAUAACUAAAUACGAGCCGCCAGUGGCAGGGGCCAUCAGGUGGGCUUGGACUCUCGUCGAGCACAGCAAACAGCCAAUUGUUGCUUUCCUCAAAGUACCGGAAAUCCUUCAGAGUGAGAAGAGCGAGGCGGCCAAGAACAAGUAUGUGGAACUUGCUCUGCAAAUCAAGGAGUAUCAGGAGAAGAAGCACGAGAUCUGGCUGCACAGGACGGAGUCUGAGUUGCCAUUGUUGAUAAAGCAAACUUUGCUCACUACUAGUGAAGCUCAGAAGGGUACCUCAACAGCUAAAGGAUGUUCCAACACACAUGUGAGGUACAUCGUAAACUUUUCUCCACAACUGAAGGAAAUCAUGUCUGAGGCACGAUACCUUGUUUUACUGGGCUACCCUGUGCCGGAGCUGGCCCAAAGUGUGGCUCUGCAAGAGGAACAUUUCCUCAGGUAUGUCUCUGAUCUGAACCACCUCGUCAGUAGCUACAACUCUAUCAUGGACAGCCUGAGUCAGACACAUGCCAUCAUGCUGGCACCCCGCAUCAAAGCAGCCAAAAAAGAGAUUGACUUUGGGUUCAAAAGGAUCAACUGGGGUUCCUCAGGAAUAGCCGACUUCAUCAGCCGAGGCCUCAAGGCUGUUGCUAACUUUGAGGCUGUGCUCAACCAGAUACUCAAAAAUGAAAGAGAUAUUGAAUCCAAGCUGCAGUCCAUACAGACCGCUAACUUACUGAAAUUUCCAGUAACAGACAAAUCCAACGAGUUACCAGGUAUCAGGGAGUUCUGUGAUCACCUUGAGAGAGAGCGAGUAAAAACGGUGGCGUUACUGAGAAGAAAUUAUACCGACAUCAGUUUAACCAUCAUUAUGACUGAGCAUUUGAUCAUGGACACCAACAGUGGAAAAGCCAGCCUCAUGGAGACCUACUACACCUACUGGGAACGGAGGGUCUUCAACUCCCUUGAGAAGAUGGUGUUGAGGAACAUUCAGACCUUUAACUCGCUGCUGAUGGGAGACACAGCCCUAUUUCAAAUCAAUGCCAUUCUUUCUGCUCCAAAAAUUGAACUUCAGCCCAAAAGUAGUGAGAUCUCCAUGCUGUUACUGCAGUGCGUCAAAAACUGCAUAGAGAGCACCAAGCAAUUUCCACGGUGGAUGAGGGGGACUUGUAUCAAAUGUCCCCCUCAAAAGGUGGUCGGUGAAGAUGAGCUGGUGACCUUUACCUUCUUCACGGAUGUGUGGCAGAGUUCUCAGAUAAGUGAAAAUGUGUUCACGGUUUCCCAGAACAUCAAGAACCUUCUUUUCUCCGUGGAUCAGUACUUCACCCACUGGAAGCGCUACAAGCUUCUCCUGAAGAUGAAAGUCGCCACUGAGAUUGAGAGGUUUGCAAAAAAGAACCCGUCCUGUGCCAUGUACGACAAUAAGCUGCAGUAUUUUGAAAAUCUGAAUCAGGAAGUCAAACAGGAGGUUUUGUGUAAGACUGAACACAUCAUCCACCUCAACAUGAAGCCUCUGGUUUCCUCGCUGAGGAACAUCGCCGAGUCCCGGAUCAGUUCAUUAUGCAGCUUCCUGAACAAGCCAGCCAAAGAGGAGAUGUUCAUGUUGAGAGAUAAAUUCAUGGAACUCCAGGAAAAGUUGAACCAGAGGCCUGAUACUUUUGAGGACCUGAAAUCCAUCCUUGGCACCAUCUCAGACAUCAGGGACAUGUCUUUGGAUGUGGAGAUUAGAUUUGCUGACAUUAAAGAGCGAUACAGAAUGAUGGCCAUGUACAAAUACAAGGUUGGGAAGGAUGAAAUGGAACUGGUGGCCAAUAUCGGACAGAUCUGGAGUCAUCUGUUUGCAGAAUCCAGACGGAUGGAUCAGAGUUUGAAAGAUGUCAGGGAAACAUUUUCUAAAAUUAAAAUGGAGGAGAUUGAAGCUUUUACGCAGGAUUUGUCCAUUUUUGCUGGAAGUUUCAACACGCACGGACCUGGGACUGUUGGGAACGAUCUGGACAAAGGUCUAAACAUCAUAGGAAGAUUUGAGAAGGAACUUGCUAACAUCAUGACCGAGCAGGAGCAUUUGAUAGAAACUGCGAAACUGUUGGACCUGCCGCUUGCUGAGUAUCCAGAAAUAAUCCGUAUACAGAAAGAUUUGAGUGGAUUGAGUCAAAUAUACAACAUUUAUAAAGCUCAUAAGGAUGCAAAAACAAAGUGGUCUCAGACCUUGUGGGUAAAUUCUGACAUCAAGCUGCUACAGGAUGGAAUAGAUGGCUUCAUGGAAAGCUUGAUGCAGCUGUCUAAAGAAGUGCAGGCCUUGCCUGUGGCCUUCUUUCUAAACGCACACAUGAAGGAGUUCAGAGUUUCCCUGUCCCUUCUGCUGGACCUGAAAAACACAGCUCUCCGGGAAAGACACUGGAAUAAACUGAUGGAACGAACAGGCAGAGACUUUGACAUGAACCUUCAGAGUGUCACGCUGGAGACUCUGUUUUCUCUGGAGCUGCACAAAUAUGCAAAUGACAUUGAUGAGAUUGUCACCUCAGCUAUGAAGGAGCUGAGUAUUGAGAUGGAGUUGCAGAGUGUGAUACAGACAUGGAAAAAAGCAAAAUUCACCAUGCAGCCUCACCUGAAGGGCAACCAGGAACGCGUUUACCUGCUGGGAGCGGUGGAUGACAUCCUGCUAAACUUGGACAGUGACGUGAUGAAGCUGCAGAGCAUGGCUGGAAGUCGCUUCGUUGGACCUUUUCUUGAGGCCAUUCAGCAAUGGGAGAAAAAUCUGACCCUCUUCAGUGAAACCAUUGAAAUCUGGUUGCAGGUGCAACACAAAUGGAUGCACCUGGAGAACAUUUUCUGUGGUGCAGACGUUUGCUCUCAGCUCCCUGAGGAAGCCAAGAAACUACAGAACAUUACAAAGAAGUUUACAGAAAUAAUGAAAAGCACAGAGAACGAGCCAAACAUUAAGAAGUGCUGCGUGAUUCCAGACCGCCUAUCAUCCCUCUGGGCAUUGAGGAAUGAUUUGGAGAGGAUCCAGAAAAAUCUUGGGAGCUACCUAGACUCUAAACGAAAUGAAUGUCCUCGCUUCUUUUUGAUUUCUGAUGAUGAACUUCUCAGUGUUCUUGGAAGUGUUGACCCUGCUUGUGUUCAGGAACACAUUAUCAAGAUGUUUGAUAACAUAGAAUCCCUGAGUCUGGAUGCUGACUCCAGUGGACACACAGUGGUUGGAGCGAUGGUGUCUAAUGAGGGUGAAGUGAUGCAGUUUAAAAAGCCCGUUCCACUGGAGGCAAGAGUUGAAAACUGGAUCAAGGCAGUCCUGCAGGAGAUGGAAAGGACCAGUCGACUGAUCACCAAAGAGGCAAUCUACCAUUACUGUGCAGACAGGAGUAGGGUGGAUUGGAUGAUGUCGUACCAGUGCAUGAUGGUGCUGGCUGCUAACAGAGUGUGGUGGACAUGGGAGGUGGAAGAUGCAAUAAAGAAUGUGAACAAAGGAGAUAGAUACGCGCUGAAGAAAUAUGCUGAGCAGAUACACAGGCAGAUUGAUGACCUGGUUGCGUGUCUUGGACGGCCCACAAAGGAAAGUGACAGACUAAAGAUCAGCAACGUUCUGGUCACCGAUGUCCAUGCCAGGGACAUUGUGGACGAUUUUAUAGGCAGAAGUAUUAAAGAUGUUCAUGACUUUGAGUGGGAAAGUCAGCUCAGGUUCUACUGGGUCAAGGAGCACGACAACCUGUUUGUGCGUCAGUGCAACGCUUCAUUUUCUUAUGGCUACGAGUACAUGGGGCUGAACGGCCGACUGGUUAUCACUCCACUGACAAGCCGGAUCUACCUCACACUUACACAGGCUCUUUCCAUGCACUUGGGUGGAGCGCUGACAGGACCAGCUGGUGCAGGAAAAACAGAGACCAUCAAGGAUCUGGCCAAAGCUUUCGGUCUUUUCUGUGUGGUUACACAUUGCACUGAAGACAUGGACACCAUUACUUUGGGUAAAAUGAUAUCCGGUCUUGCUAAAUGUGGAUUCUGGGGUUGUUUUGAUGGGUUCAAUCGCGUCGAUGCCUCAGUUCUGUCAGUGGUUUCUUCCCAAAUCCAGGCUAUUCGAAACGCUCUCACUUUACACUUCAAAAUGUUUCAGUUUGAAGGUCAACAAAUUGGUUUGGAUGACCACAUGGGGAUUUUCAUCACAAUGAAUCCCAGAGAGGAGAGACGACCUGAACUGCCAGAGUCAGUCAAAGUCUUCUUCAGACCUGUGGUGGUCGUCACACCAGACGUGCAGCAGAUUUGUGAGAUUGUGCUCUUUUCACAGGGCUUCCUGAAGGCUAAGAAGUUGGCGAAAAAGAUGACAGCGCUGUAUAAGAUGGCUGGAAUUCAGCUGUCACAGCAGCCUCAUUACGACUUUGGUCUGAACUCCCUGAAGUCUGUCCUGAUAACUGCAGGGAAAAUUAAGAGAGACUCUCUGGAGCUCAGUGAGGAUGUGGUUCUGCUGCGGGCUCUCAGGGACACGAAUUUACCCAAGUUUGUCUCUGAGGACGUCCCUGUGUUUCUGGGGCUGAUGUCAGACAUUUUCCCAGGACUGGACUGCCCUCGGGUUGGCUUUCCUAGUUUCAGAGAGGCUGUGGGAGAGAUCCUGCAGGAGGGCAAUUAUACCAUCCUACCUAACCAGGUGGAUAAAGUGGUGCAGAUCUAUGAGACAAUGUUGACCCAGCAAGCUACAAUGAUUGUGGGCCAAACAUAUGGAGGGAAAUCUGUUGUGAUCAACACACUGUGUCAGGCUCAGACCAAAUUGGGUCUGAGCACCAAGUUGUAUCCUUUGAACCCCAAAGCCAUAAGCGUGGCUGAACUGUAUGGUACCUUUGAGCCUGGAACUCGAGAAUGGACUGAUGGGAUUUUUUCCAAACUCUUUCGAGAGAUCAACAAGUCUACUGACAAAAAAGAGAGAAAAAGCAUUUUGACCCACAGAUAUAUCCUUUUUGAUGGAGAUGUGGAUUCUGAAUGGUUGGAAAACAUGAAUUCGGUGUUGGAUGACAACAAGCUCCUCACACUAACCAAUGGAGACCGCAUCCGUUUAGAGAGUCACUGUGCGUUGCUGUUUGAGGUUGGAGAUCUGCAGUAUGCUUCUCCUGCUACCGUCUCCCGAUGUGGAGUAGUAUUUAUUGAUCCUAAAGAUUUGAGCUACACCUCGUACUGGCAAAGAUGGAUAAAAAACAGACAAGAGAAGGAACAGGAGCUACUCAACAGACUGUUUGAGAAAUAUGUGCCCAGCUGCAUUGAUGUGACCAUAAACAGUGAGACAAUAGUUCCUCAGACCGAUGUGAACAUGGUCUCCCAGUUGUGCCUGAUGCUGGAUGCACUGCUUGAAAGUACGAAUAGCAGCGCUGACGUCCUGGAGUGUUACUUCCUGGAAGCUCUGUACUGCUCUCUUGGAGCCACAUUGGUGGAGAGUGCUCGGCUCAAGUUUGAUCAACUUGUCAAGAGUAUUUCCGGUUUGGCCACAGUGAACGAUGAGAAAACCAAUGCUGGACCUGGAGAGAUCCCAGAAAAUCUCCCAACUCUGUACGACUUCCAUUUCGACGGAACUCAGGAGAAGUGGGUUCCCUGGAGUUCUUUGGUUCCGGACUACGUUCACAACCCUGCAUUGAAGUUUGCUGACAUUUUAGUUCCAACCGUUGACACGACAAGAACCCACUGGAUCCUGGAACAGAUGGUUAAAAUCAAGAGACCGGUGCUUCUAGUUGGAGAAACUGGCACCUCCAAGACAGCCACCAUUCAAAACUUCCUGAAGAACACAAGUGUAGGUUCAAGUAUUUCGCUGACCAUAAACUUUUCAUCCAAAACAACUUCAUUGGAUCUGCAGAGAAAUCUUGAAGCUAAUAUAGAAAAAAGGACCAAAGGUACUUAUGGUCCUCCCAUAGGAAAGAGACUGCUGGUCUUUAUUGAUGACCUGAACAUGCCAAAGGUGGAUGAUUUUGGUACACAACAACCUGUUGCACUCCUGAAACUGCUGUUAGACCAAGAGGGCAUGUACGACAGAAAGAAAAAACUUGGCUUCAAAAUCAUCAAAGACCUUGGCUAUAUUGCAGCCAUGGGAAAGACAGGAGGUGGAAGGAAUAAAGUAGAUCCGCGCCUCCUCUCACUCUUCAGUGUUUUUAACAUCCCUCCCCCAGCAGCUGAGUCUGUCCAUUUAAUCUAUGCCUCCAUUAUCAAAGGCCACACCGCAUCCUUUAAGGAAGCCAUUCAAGAGGUGUGUGAGACAAUCACAGAGUGCACUCUGAGACUCUUCAGCGCCAUCAUCACCGAUCUGCCGCCCACUCCCUCUAAGUUCCAUUACACGUUCAGUCAGAGGGACCUGUCAAGAAUCUACUGUGGGCUGACCCUCACCAAACCAGACAGCUGUUUGACAGUUGAACAGUUUGUUCGCGUGUGGAGAAAUGAAUGCCUGAGAAAUUUCCACGACAGGCUUACCGAUGACACAGACAAAGCUUUGGUGCAUGGUCACAUAAAGAGGCUGGUUGAGGAGUUUUUUGAGUCGGAUUCUGAGGCAGUAUUGGCAGACCCCAUUCUUUUUGGGGACUACAGAGCAGCCCGAGAAGAUCAUGAGCCAAGAGUCUAUGAGGACAUCGGGGACUAUGAUGUUUCUAGAGCCAUAUUUCAAGACAUCCUGGAGCAAUACAACGAGAGCAAGUCCAGCUUGAAGCUAGUGCUGUUUGAAGAUGCUGUGGAGCAUCUGACCAGGGUUCACAGAAUCCUCCGCAGCGAUGGUGGACACGCUCUGCUCGUUGGGGCCGAGGGAUCCUGGAAACAGUCACUCACUGAGCUGGCAGCAUUCACUGCUGACUGUGAGGUUUUUGAGAUAACACUAAGAAGAGGAUACAAUGACCAAAACUUCAGAAAUGAUCUCAAAACACUGUACCUGAAACUUGGUAUUGAAGAUAGGAGGACAGUGUUUCUCUUGACUGACGCUCACAUUGUUGAAGAAGGAUUUCUGGAGCAGAUUAACAACAUGCUAAUCUCAGGCAUAGUUCCAACAUUAUUUUCCGAUGAUGAGAAAGAGUCCAUUCUCAAACAGAUUAACAGCGAGGCUCUGGAAAUGGGGGCCGGCUCUUCAAAAGAGAGCCUGUGGCAGUAUUUCCUCAGCAAGAGUGCAAACAAUCUGCACAUAGUUUUAUGUCUGUCUGCAGCAGGAGAUGCCUUAAAGACACACUGUAGGAACUUCCCAGGGUUGAUGAACAACACUGUCAUAGACUGGUACCUGCCCUGGUCGGCACAAGCACUUCAUGCAGUGGCUCAGUGUGUUCUUGGUGAAAAUCCAGUCAUCCCAAAGGCCCAUUUUGAAGCAAUUAUAGAUCACAUGUGCUUGGUCCAUACCUCUGUGGGAGACUUCAGUGAGCUGUUCUUGCUCAAACACAAACGAUGCAACUAUGCAACUUCAAAGAGCUUCUUGGAUUUCAUCAGUACCUAUUCCACGCUCUUGGAAGAAAAGAACGAGCACAUCCUCAUGCAGUGCAAACACCUAGAGGCCAGUCUGGACAGACUGAGGGAGGCCAGAGAGCAGAUAGCUGAACUGAAUGUCAAGCUGGAAGAUCAGAAGCUGGUUCUCGACAAAAAAACAGCAGCCUGCACAGCUUUAUUGGAAGAAAUUGACAAAAACCAAAACAUAGUUAAAGAGAAAAUGAUUCAGGUGGAAAAUAAAGCCAAAGAGCUGGAGGAGCAGAACAAAGUGCUAGCUGCAGAGAGAAGAGAAGCGGAACAGUCUCUGGCUGAAGCUCUGCCAGCAUUAAAGGCAGCACACAAAGCCCUGGAAGAGCUGGAUGCAACCGACAUCGUUGAGAUUCGGUCUUUUGCUAAACCACCCAAACAGGUGCAGGUGGUUUGUGAGUGCAUCCUUGUUCUGCGUAGUAAAAGAGAAAUUAACUGGAUAUCAGCCAAGAAGAUGAUGUCAGAGGCUGGCUUCCUGCACUCUCUCAUGAAAAUGGAUUGUGAUUCUAUAAGUAAUUCUCAGAUCUCAACUAUCAAAGAUUUCCUGAAAAGUCUUCAGACAAGUGUUGAGGAGAUGCAGGCCAUCAGUAAGGCGGGCUCAGGAAUCCUUAAGUUUGUAGAGUCAUUCAUAAGCUACUGGGAUGUUGCAAAAGAAGUUAAACCAAAAAGAGAUCAGGUGGAACGUCUAGAAAAGGAGUUCCUUCAGAGUAAAGCAGAACUAGAGCGCAUCCAAAACGACCUUAACAACAUGCAGAGAGAGUCAAGUUCUCUGAAAGGGAAGUAUGAAGACGCUGUUCUAGAGAAGGAGCUGCAACUGGAGGAGGCGAAGCUCAUGGAGAGGAGGCUGAGCGCUGCUGACAAACUAGUGCUUGGCCUGACCUUUGAGAGUGAACGAUGGACAAAAGAUUUGGAACAUUUAAAACAGCAGCAUGCAUGUCUCCUGGGUGACUGUUUAAUCGCAGCUGCUUUUCUGAGUUACGCUGGGGCCUUCAGCUGGGACUUCAGGACCAACAUGGUGUACGACAAAUGGACUCAAGACGUAAAGCAGAAAGGAAUCCCUCUGAGCCAUCCAUUUAAAAUAGAGAACUUUCUGUCUGGUGAAGUAGAAAUCAGCAGAUGGGGCUCAGGGGGUUUGCCUCCAGAUGAACAGUCAGUGCAGAAUGGAAUCCUAACAACCAAAGGAAGUCGAUUUCCCUUGUGUAUUGAUCCCCAACAGCAGGCUCUCAAUUGGAUUAAAAAGAAGGAAAAAGACAAUAAUCUCAAGGUCUCGUCUUUACAUGACCCGGAUUAUCUGAAACAGCUGGAGCUUUCUAUCAAGUAUGGCUAUCCGUUCCUCCUUCAAGAUGUGGAUGAACUCAUUGAUCCAAUAAUUGAAAAUGUCCUGGAAAGAAAUGUUGUGGAAUCAGAUGGCAGAACCGUCAUUGUUCUUGGUGACAAGGACGUAAACUAUGAUCCAAACUUUAAGCUUUUCCUUCACACCACAUUGGCAAACCCUCAAUUUUCCCCAUCAGUGUUUGAAAAAGCCUUGGUUAUCAAUUAUUCCGUGACCCUUAGAGGCCUGGAGGACCAGCUCUUGAGUAUCACCACAGGCUUUUUGGAAAAUGUCCUGCAGCAACAACACCUUCAAUUAGUUCAGGAGAUGAGUGAAAACAAAGCCCUGCUGAAAACUCUGGGAGACUCCCUCCUCAUGGAGCUGCUAACAUCUACAGGCAACAUGCUGGACAACACAGAGCUGAUUCAAACACUGGAGAAAACAAAGACAAAAGCCAGCGAGGUAAUACAGAAGCUAAGCAUGGCUCAGAGUAAAACUGUGGAGUUUUUUAACCUCAGAGAAGGCUACCGUCCUGUUGCUAAGCGCGGUGCAGUUCUGUUCUUUGCACUGUCAGACAUGGCUUUGGUCAACAGGAUGUACCAGUUCUCACUCCCUUCAUACUUCAAGAUGUUCGAACUUUCGCUGGAAAAAUCUUUGUCUGAUUCAAACCUUCAGCAAAGACUCGAGAACAUUAUAGACACUCUGACAUCCGACGUUCAUAGCUAUGGAGUCACAGGACUGUUUGGAAAACACAAGUUGCUGUUUUCCUUUAACAUGACGGUAAGGAUUGAGCAGAUGGAAGGGCGAGUUACUCAGGAGGAACUGGACUUCCUGAUUAAAGGUAAUCCAUCUGGUGAUGAAAACAAAUUUCAAAAGCCUCAGGAGUGGAUUCCUGAUCGAGCCUGGCAGGACAUCACCAAACUGGCAGAACUUUUCCCAGAGCAGUUCGCCUCUCUGCCCAGUGACAUAGAACAAAACUCCACUCGCUGGAAGUCUUGGUGUGACUUGAGGGCUCCAGAACAAGCUCCCUUUCCCCUGAAACACGGUGACAGCCUGUCCGCCUUCCAGAAGCUGCUGCUGCUGCGAUGUUUACAUGCUGACCGACUCUACAGAGCUGUGGCCGACUAUGUUACUGUCAUCAUGGGCAACGCAUUUGUGCACCCCCCUUUGACCAACUUUACCACAAUCUAUGAGCGCAGCACGGCCCUCUCUCCCACUGUCUUUAUCGUGAAUUCUGGAUCUGACCCAACUAGUGACCUGAUCAAGUUUGCUGAGAAGUCAGGCAGCAAGUUUACACUAAUUGCAAUGGGACAAGGCCAGGAGCAGGUAGUGCUGAAGUUGUUGGAGAAGGCGGUUUCCAUUGGUAGUUGGUUGAUACUACAAAACUGCCACCUGCUUGUGGAGUGCCUGAAGGACUUGGAAAAAGUGUUGGAGAGAAUAACCAAUCCCAACAUCAACUUCCGUUUAUGGAUCACGACCAAUCCCAUCGACAAUUUUCCCAUCGGUAUAUUGCAAAAGUCUCAAAAGGUGGUAGCAGAACCUCCCGACGGGAUCAAGCUCAGCAUGAAAGCCACAUACUCCAAAAUCUCACAGCAGACCUUGUCUUCAUGCCAGCACCCUGCUUUCUGCAGCCUGAUCUAUGUGUUAGCCUUCUUUCAUGCUGUUGUGCAAGAAAGGAGCAAGUAUGGCAAGACAGGCUGGAGUGUGCCCUGCAGCUUUAAUGAAUCGGACUUCAGUGCUUCUUUGGAAGUACUGAACACCUACCUGACAGAAGGUCAUAGGCGAGGAGAUAGCUUCAUUCCCUGGGAAAGUCUUCAGUAUCUCAUUGGGGAGGUACUGUACGGUGGACGAGCGAUUGAUAGCUUUGACCGCAGGAUCUUGAAGGUCUACAUGGGCGAGUAUUUUGGAGACUUCCUCUUCUCCCCCUUUCAGCCCUUCCAUUUCAUAAAAAACAAAGAUGUGGGUUAUAAAAUACCUCCACCUGGGAAAAAGCAUGUGUAUACUGAUGAGAUCGAGAAAAUGCCCUCUCUAAGCACACCUGAGGUAACAGGGCUUCAUUCCAAUGUGGAGAUAGGAUACUACACUCAAGCUGUUAAAGAGAUGUGGACCCACUUAAGAGACCUUCAGCCUGAAACAGGUGAAUGUGGGAGGAGCAUUGGAGGAGACAAGCACAUUAGAGGCACAGCCCAAGACAUUCAGAAAGGGUUGCCUGAGUUAUUCGACAUAAAGGUUAUCCAUGAGGAGCUGGGCGCAGACCUCUCUCCAACCUCAGUGGUUCUUCUCCAAGAACUCCGUAGAUUUAACAGACUGGUUCUCUGCAUGCAGCAGUCAGUAGCUGAGCUGCUGAAGGCUUUGACUGGUGAGGUGGGCAUGAGUAAAGAGUUGGAGGACCUGGCUCACGCCCUUUGUAACAGUCUUGUUCCUGCCAUGUGGAAGAGGUUGGCACCACAAACUCUGAAGUCUCUUGAUGACUGGAUGAGCCAUUUAAGGAGGCGUUAUGAGCAGUACAGGAACUGGGUGCAUGAAGGGGAGCCAAAAGUUCUGUGGCUGUCAGGACUGCAUGUUCCAGAGUCUUACUUGGCAGCUGUGGUCCAAGCGGCAUGCCGGAAGAAAGGCUGGCCUCUUGAUCAAUCCACCUUUCGCACAGAAGUGACUCAGUAUCGCCACGAGGAUGAAGUCAGCGACAGACUCAAACUGGGCUGCUACAUAUCAGGCCUCUUCUUGGAGGGAGCAGACUGGGACACCGAGAACGGCUGCCUGGCAAGAAGCAAGCCAAAAGUCUCGGUUGUUGAGCUGCCGAUCCUCAAAGUCAUCCCUGUGCAGGAGAACAGCCUCCGGCUACGGAACACACUGAGAACUCCGGUGUACACCACUUCUUUGCGGAGAAACGCGUCCGGUGUUGGGCUGGUGUUUGAAGCAGACCUGUUUACCACCAUGCACACCUCCCACUGGGUUCUCUCAGGAGUAUGUUUGUACCUCAACACCGACUAAAUAGCUUCCCCACCACACAAUAGUCAUUUAUGGAUUGACAAUACUUGAUAUUUGAAAUUUAAAACACUUUUUUCAAUCUAGUUAAAAUUUAUUCUUAGAUUUAAUAUCACUGGUUUCUUAAAAUGUUCUUAUAGUUCUUUUUCGUCUUUUUCCUUGCAACCAUUUUUAAAGCUACUGGGACCUUAAAAGUCGAAAGUUAUCCUUUACUUGAUGUCAAAUAGCUACAUUAACCCAGAAAUUGUCCUUCAUUGACAGUUGUGUGACUUUUGUGCAAGGAUGCAUGAAUUUGUCAAGUGUUUAGAUGAGUUAAUCCACUAAGAAUACUACAACUUAAACAAAAUUAAAAUAUUUAUUAUUUUACAGAACUUAUACAAAUAUAGCUCAUUAAAUGUACACAGAAAGUUAAGCAUUGCAUUGACAUUGUUUUUUUUUGUUGUAGACAAUGUAAACACUAUUAAAAAACACAUAAAAAUAAAAACAUUUGACCUCA